AUGAAUGGGCGAAGUGCGUGGAAGGCGCCAGCAGCAUCUGCCUACCACAAGGACGACUGCAUGUGGACCUCCCAUGACGCGUGCCGCAUCUCCCAGCGCGAAGAUGAUCUCAUGUGGAGGUGGCCUCAAGCGAAGACGAGCGACGAAAAGGAUAGUUGCCGACCCCUGACGUUGGUGCGCGGUGGCCUUGACGCCGACCGCCCCUCGCGCGUUCCAAUGCCACAUGGUGAUGUCGUCGUCGUUGCACGAACGAAUGCACAGUACAUUGCUUCGCGCACAAGCGAAGGUGGAGCGAUGGAAUGCGUUUGGAACGACAACACGUGCACAUCCAAAGCGGCUUUGGAGGACUGCCGCAUCUGGCUCGUCACCGUGACGACCACAUCGCUGUGA